CGGGCAGAGGCCCUUUGCCCUGGCCGAUUGGGAAAGGACUCUGCGUUCAUUGAGCCGUUAGAAAGCUAGAGAAUGCUGGCUCCAUUGAGGCUAGGUCUGCCCACGUGACAUUUGCCACCAUCAUGCUGUGUCCUUGGCGUGUGAAGCUGAAGCUGCUGCUUGCUACAGUGACACUGGUCUUUCUCAUCUCAUGGCUUUACCUCUUUAUGGAUGGAUGUUCCCUUAUGCUGCCCCCUUGCUUUGGGGAACAGUCAAGCCGGUACCUUGACCGUGAAGCCUUGGCAUCCCAGGUGCGAAAAAUGGAAGAGGAGAACCAGCUGUUGAGGCUGCAACUCAGCCACUCUCAAGCGCAGGAGGAGACCUGGGGUAGAACGGACUUCAGCCAACAGGGAUUACAGUUCAUCAAAGAGCAGGAAGGGAGGAGCAGCUACAGUGGUUGCCCUAAACAGAGGAUGGUUCAGAAGUGUGAGCUCCUCCAUGUUGCCAUUGUUUGUGCGGGAUACAAUGCAAGCCGGGAUGUAGUUACCUUGGUGAAAUCCAUCCUCUUCCACAGGAAGAACCCUCUCCACUUCCAUCUCAUCACAGACUCAGUGGCCCGACGGAUACUACAGACUCUGUUCCAGACCUGGAUGGUGCCCUCGGUUCAUGUUAGCUUUUACAAUGCUGAUGACUUGAAGCCGGACAUUUCCUGGAUCCCUAACAAGCAUUACUCUGGAAUCUAUGGGUUGAUGAAGCUGACACUCACUAAAGCUUUGCCCUCUGACCUUUCCAAGGUCAUUGUCCUUGAUACAGACAUCACAUUUGCUACUGACAUUGCAGAGUUGUGGGCUGUCUUUGGGAAGUUCUCAGAUAAACAGGUGAUUGGGCUAGUGGAAAACCAAAGUGAUUGGUACCUAGGGAAUCUCUGGAAGAACCAUAAACCAUGGCCAGCAUUGGGUCGUGGCUUCAAUACAGGAGUGAUCCUGUUGCUGCUGGAGCGUUUGCGCCACCUUGGCUGGGAGCAGUUGUGGCGGAUGACAGCAGAGCAAGAACUCAUGAGCAUGCUGUCCACCUCACUAGCAGAUCAGGACAUCUUUAAUGCGGUGAUUAAACAGAAACCAGCUCUUGUCUACCGGCUCCCUUGCUUCUGGAAUGUGCAACUCUCUGACCAUACCCGUUCAGAGCAGUGCUACACGGAGGUGUCUGAUCUUAAGGUGAUUCACUGGAACUCUCCCAAGAAGUUGCGAGUCAAGAAUAAGCAUGUGGAAUUCUUUCGGAACCUUUACUUGACCUUCUUAGAGUAUGAUGGCAACUUGCUGCGCAGAGAGCUGUUUGGCUGUGCCAGCUUGCCCAGUGGCCAGCUCCAGCAAGCUCUGGAGGAGCUGGAUGAAGACGAUCCUUGCUAUGAUUUUCGGAGGCAAAGCCUUAUUCAGCACCGCGUCCAUCUCUUCUUCCUGCAGUAUGAUUUUUCAGGGUCGGCUGAUGAAAUAGAAGUAACUCUCAUAGCUCAGCUGUCGAUGGACAGGUUGCAGAUGCUGGAGGCAAUAUGUAAACACUGGACAGGCCCCAUUAGCCUGGCUUUGUACAUGUCUGAUGCAGAAGCCCAGCAAUUUCUACGCUAUGCUCAGGCUUCGGAGGUGCUGAGUAACCGUCAGAAUGUUGCCUAUCACAUUGUGUACAAGGAAGGGCAGUUUUAUCCAGUCAACUUCUUGCGCAACAUAGCAUUGAAGAAUGCACAGACCUCUCACGUUUUUCUAAUGGACAUUGAUUUUCUGCCUAUGUAUGGCCUCUACGAUUAUCUCAGGUCCUCCAUCGUGCAGCUGGAGCUGCCUCCAAAGAAGGUAGCACUCAUAGUGCCUGCUUUUGAGACUCUGCAUUACCGCUUCAACUUUCCCAGAUCCAAAGCGGAGUUGCUCACCAUGCUGGACAUGGGCUCCCUCUAUACUUUCAGGUAUCACGUGUGGCCCCAGGGCCAUGCUCCCACAGACUAUGCCAAAUGGCGGACAGCCACAGUGCCAUAUCAAGUGGAAUGGCAACCACAGUUUGAGCCUUACGUUGUAGUAAGGCGUGACUGUCCCCUCUAUGACCAGAGGUUUGUAGGCUUUGGCUGGAACAAGGUGUCUCACGUCAUGGAGCUUGAUGCUCAGGAAUAUGAGCUGCUUGUCCUGCCCAACGCCUUCAUGAUCCAUAUGCCUCACGCUCCCAGUUUUGACAUCUCCAAAUUCCGCCAGAGCGCCAGCUACCGGAACUGCCUCCAGACUCUGAGGGAAGAAUUCCAUCAGGACCUGUCCCGCAAGUACGGUGCAGCAGCACUUAAAUACCUCACUGCGGAGAGGAGCUGGUGAACGGCAACCAGAAUACCAAAUACCAAAGGACUAUCUGACCUGCAGAUGGAUGAGGCUCAGACUUCCUGGAGAGGCUCACAUCAGUCGCCCAGUCCUCCUGGCUGUGGUACGGCCCGUGCCUAGAUUGCAGAUGGAAUUAUAGCUGGUGCUGUUGUUCAGGGCUACAAAUAUUUUGUGGCAAAUUCUAUUCUCAGAUUAACUAGGCAAAUUACAUUUGUAGGUAUCUGCCUCUUUUUACAGAUUGUUCCCAGAUUAAGUGGAAGUCAGAGGAAAAGAGAGGGAAGGUGUGUGGCUUAAGUGCCCUCCCUUACUCACAUGCACUCUGUUUUAAUACAGUGCUUGUGUUCACUUACAUUCAGUGAUGGAAAGCAAGAUUUUAGUUCAUAAUUAUAGCAUUUUUCCUCUUUCUGUUAAUCAAAUGGCAAGGGCUGCUAUUACUGUUUUCUACAGUGUAUUCUCUUUGCCCGUUCUCUAUUCUUUGUUCCUACAUGUUUUGUAAGAGAAGCGGGCCUAAUGGCUCAAAUCAUAGAGCUGAAAGGGGCUGUCCUGUUCAGUGCAGGAGUCCAAAGUAAACAGACAGAUGGCUGUUUAGUCUCCACUCUGUUAAGGGAGCCCACUACAUCUCUGAGUAAUUGAUUUGGACUGUCAAGUGACCUUCAGAAGCAACCUACUUCACAGAACCUGUUGCUGGGUAACACGAGUUAGGAGGGUGCUGUUCUGCUCUUUGAUUUUCUUCUGGUUUCUCAUAGGCAUCAGUUGGCCAUUAUGGAAACUGUAUGGGGAACUAGAUAAACCUCUGGUCUGAUCAUCUUCUUUCUAGCUUCAUCCCUGUUCUCCUCCUUUUUGCAGUUCCCUGAAAAUCAAAUUUGAAGGAAGACAAUUAAUUUAGUGUAGGUGUUGAUCUUUUUCUUUUCCUCCCUGCCUCCAAAUAUUUCUCAGCACAUGCAAGAGGAACUAUUCUAAUACGCGUUUCUUACUUGCCUUUUGGUUAUGGCAAUAUUGAUUGAAUAAUUUUUUGCACUUAACCAUAUUCUAAAACAAGGACCAGAUCCCAUGUGGGGAAAAAGAUUAAAUGAAAAGAAAUCCAUGUCCCUACUACAUAUUUUGCUGAGAAUAUAUGGCAUAAAGUAAGCCGCAUCUACAGUGGUGCUUAAAAGUUUGUGAACCCUUUUGAAUUUUCUAUUUCUGCAUAAAUAUGACCUAAAACAUGAUCUAUUCUCCACACAAGUCCCAAAACAAGAUAGAGAACCCAAUUAACAAGCAAGACAAAAAUAUUAUACUUGUUCCUUGAUUUAUUGAGGGGAGUCAUCCAAAGCUACAUAUUUGUGGUAGCAAAAGUGUGUGAACCUUUGCUUUCUGUAACUAGUGUGCCCACCCACCAGUAGCAAUAAGCACAACUAAACUUUCCCAGUAACUAUUAAUCAGUCCUGCACAUCGCCUUGGAGGAAUUUUAGCCCAUUCCUCCUUACAGAACAGCUUCAACUCAGGAAUGUUGGUGGGUUUCCUUGCAUGAGCUGCCCGCUUCAGGUCCUUCCACAACAUUUCUAUAGAAUGAAGGUCAGGAGACUUGGCCCUUCCAGAUCAUUAACUUUCUUCUGCUUUAACCAUUCUUUGGUUGUACAACUUGUGUGUUUUGGGUUGUUGUCUUGCUGCAUGACCCAUUUUCUGUUGAGCUUCCGUUCAUGGACAGAUACCAUGCCAUUUUCCUUUAGAAUUUGCUGCUGCAAUUCCGAAUUCAUAGUUCCAUCAAUGAUGGCAAGCCUUCCUGGUCCAGAGGCAGCAAAGCAGACCCAAACCAUGAUACUGCCACCACUGUGUUUCACAGAUGGGAUAAGGUCCUUCUGCUGGAAUGCAGCAUUUGCCUUUUGCCAAACAAUGUUUUUCAUUCAAGCCCGAAAGUUCUAUUUUGGUCUCCUCCAUCCACAGAACAUUCUUCCAGUAGCCUUUGGCUUAUCCAUGUGGUCUUUUACAAAUUGUAGAGAGGCAGCAAUGUUCCUUUUGGAGAGUAGUGGCUUUUUUCUUGCAACCCUGCCAUGCACACCGUUGUUGUUCAGUGCUGUCUUGAUGGUGUUCUCAUGAACACUGACAUUCACCAAUGCAAGAGAGGCCUUUAGUUCCUUAGACAUUACCCUGGGGUUCUUUAAGACCUCCAGAGUGUUACACGCCUUGCUCUUGGGGUGAUCUUGAUUGGUCUGCCAUUCCUGGGGAGGGUAACAGUGGUGUUGAAUUGCCUCCAUUUAUACAGAAGCUGCCUGAGAGUGGACUAGUAGAAUCCAAACUCUUUGGAAAUAAUUUUGUAACCUUCAGCCUGGUGAGCAUCAACAAUUGUUUUUUGGAGAUCCUCAGAAAUCUCCUUUGUUCAAGUCAUGACACACUUCCACAUACCUGUGUUGUGAAAAUCACACUUUCAUAGUGAAUACCCAGAAUUCUGUUCUUUAAAUAAGGCAGGACCUCCCACACUCACCCAAUUAUCCAAUUGAUUGAAACACCUCACUUUGAUUUUCCCUUGAAAUUAACUGAUCGUCCUAGAGGCUCACAUACUUUUGCCACACAUAAAUAUGUAGAUUUGGAUCAUUUUGUUCAAUGAGUAAAUGAAAAAGUACAAUGUUUUUCACUCACUUAAUUGGGUUCUCUUUAUCUAGUUUUAGGAUGUGUGGAGAAUACAACACAUUUUAGGUCACAGUUACGCAGAAAUACUGAAAAUUCAAAAGGUUUCACCAACUUUUAAGCACCACUGUAAUUUAGAGUUCUUGAAUUAGGUCUGGCCAGGCAAGUGCUCUUGAAAAAUUUAAUAAGGUAUUUUUGAGGUAAAGUCAUCUGUUGCCUCUCUUUACUGUUCCAUUAUCAAAAAGUAGUCAUGCCGAUGGGCCACACAGAUGUUCUAUUUGACUUCUGCAGUCACCAAAUCACCUUAGAGAGCUGUAAUUUGGGUGUUGCAGAGCCUUGUCAAGCAAAUUCGUUCUCCUCCAUGAAGGAAUGUGAAGCUCUUCUUUCCAAGGAAUUCUUCCCCAAAGCUUCUCUUGCAGCCCAAAGUGAAAGCCAUCUCUUGUGCUCUGUAGAUAUUUCCAUUAUCCAGCUUGCAGAAAGGAGUCAGGUCCAAGGAGAAUUUUGAAAUGGCUGUUCCCAGGGAGCCCACUUCCAGUGGGGAAAACCUUUAUAUGCUUUUUUUUUAGGAACCUGCUUCACUUACCCAGUGCCUUUCCUCUAUGAGACAGAUGUUGGACAGAUGAAGCUGAGCAGGCAGAACUUGAAGGAGCUUCCCACUGUGGGCACUUGGAGAACUGGCUUUGACCACGCCUCACUUUUAACUUUAUGGAAAGGUACAGUGGCCAAAGCAACACUCCGCAUUCCAGAUACUCUGAUAAGAGGAGAGAGUUCAGUCAAGGUCCUUCAUGUUCCCCAUCCCUAAAUUAUGACAUUGUUCCCUGCUUCAGGGAUGGAGCUACUGUCUUAAUUUGUAGGCAGCUGAAUCUUUGCAGACUUGGAAGAUGGCCAGCCUUCCCCUGCACGUUGCCAUCUGUAUAGCGCCUAGGAAACAUGACUGUCAAAAGGGUUAAUUCUGUUCUUUGAAUGGAGAAACCUAGAGCUGCAAGUUAAAGGUAGUAAAACAUUUAGCUUGCAGUGCUUCAGAUUUUAUUAAAAAGAGGUGCUUUGGAACAUGUGGGAGCACAAAAACAAUUUCCACUCAUUAAAGCAGCAAUGUCCUCAGGAUAGUGUCGCUGCAGCAGAAGUCUUCUGGAAAUAGAAAUAGCUACUUUAAUGAGUCACAGACAGCUGCUACAUUUGUACUGCUGUGUGUUCUGAAACCCAUCUUCUGAACCAAGUCCAAGGAUUGCACAAACAUUGUAACAGUGUGCUGUUAAUGUAGCUGGAUUGUGUGCUGGGAGCAGUUUCAACUCAGCACUUGUCCACGGUUAUCAAACACUGGAUCACAAAGAGUAGGUUCUUCAGUUACUAUUUAUAUAAUUUAAACUGAUUUCUCGCUAAAUGUAAAUUGUGUGUCUUGAAUUUUCUAAUGGUUCCUUUUUAUCUUUGUGUUCUGGGGAGUUUCCAGUACCUUCUGCUGCUAGGCUGUUUCUUCUGAUUUUUCUGGUAUUAAGCUGGAAUGUAAAAGUGAUGGGAAUGAAGCUUUCCAUCCUAAUUUAAGGUGGACUCGUAUAAAUACUGAACCUAGUCCAAGCUGAGCAUAUAGAGAACUGGUCAUUAUUUCCUGCCUUUUUAAAGAAAAUAAAGUUUUUAGAAAUUACUUUUCAA